AUAGGUGCAACAUGUGUGGCAUAUGGGCGAUAUUCGGCAGUGAUGAGGAUGUGUCCAAGCAGUGCGUCAGCGCGCUCAGGAUCGGACACCGCGGGCCAGACUGUUUCCGUCUGGAGAACAUCAACCACUUCAAGAACUGCUGCUUCGGCUUCCACCGAUUGGCCAUCGUGGGUGACACCUAUGGCAUGCAGCCAAUGAGAGUCCACAGAUAUCCCCAUAUAUGGUUGUGCUGCAACGGAGAAAUCUACAACUACAGAAGGGUGACAGAGCAGUUUGGGUUCAACAAUGAGACAGGCUGUGACGGUGAAGCCAUCAUCAGCCUCUACAUGCACGGUGGGAUCGAGUUCGCUACCAAACACCUGGAUGGAGUCUUCGCUUUUAUCCUCUUGGACACACAGGAGAAGAGGGUCUACCUUGGGCGAGAUACAUACGGGGUGCGUCCCAUGUUCCGUCUGCUGAAGGAUGAUGGCUUUCUGGCCGUCUGCUCGGAGGCUAAGGGGUUGAUGGGAUUGAGCCAUGAUGAUGACGACAACAAAGUUGACAUUGAACCGUUUCCGCCGGGUCACUUCGAGGCGUACGACCUCAGUCCCAACGGCAAGGUCACCCUGAGGGAACGUGCCAGGUUCCACAAGAUUGGAGACAUGCCCAAGUACGACGCUCUCGUCAAGCCACUGGGUACGUUUCAACUUUAUACGCUAAACUCCACAUUUUUAUGUGUCGUCUCUUUGCCAGGUGGUCUGGACUCCAGUUUAACCUCCGCACUCCUAGUGAAACAUGCUAAGAAAUCUGGAAUCAUCUACCCUGUCCAGACGUAUGCCAUCGGGAUGAAGGGCAGUCCUGAUGUAGAGGCUGCAAGGACGGUUGCGAAGUACAUCGGUAGUGAGCACCAUGAAGUGUCCUUCACUCCAGAGGAGGGGAUCCAGGCCAUCGAAGACGUCAUCUACAGUCUGGAGAGCUAUGACGUCAUCACCAUCCGGGGAUCUGUAGCUAUGUACCUGGUGUGUCAGUACAUCCGCACCAAGACAGACUCUGUCGUCAUUUUCUCCGGGGAGGGAUCUGACGAACUCGCUCAAGGAUACAUCUACUUCAACAAGGCUCCUUCUGCAGAGGAGGCGGAUGUGGAGAGCCGGCGGCUGCUAGCAGACCUCUACAUGUAUGACGUCCUGAGGGGGGACAGAAUGGCAAGUGCUCAUGGCCUGGAGCUGCGUGUGCCCUUCCUGGACCACAUGUUCACCGGUUACUACCUGUCCCUACCGGCCGAGGUGAGACGAGCCAAGGACGGGAUCGAGAAGUACCCCCUCCGCAAGGCGUUUGACGGAACGGGCCUCCUGCCCGAUGAGAUCUUGUGGCGCCCGAAGGAGGGAUUCAGCGACGGCGUGUCGUCUUUGAAGAAAUCGUGGUACGAAACCCUCCAGGAAUAUGUGGAAGAGCAGAUCAAUGAUCAGAUGAUGGAAGACGCCCCCAAGACCUUCCCGUUUAACCCUCCACGUACCAAGGAGGCUUACUACUUCCGCCAGAUCUUCGAGAAACACUUCCCCAGCAAGUCCAAGUGGAUCCCUUACUACUGGAUGUCACGGUGGAGCAAGAGCGACGACCCCUCCGCUCGCACACUCAAACACUACAAGCCGUACUCGGCUUAUUCAGUCUAAGAGACACCUAGCCGUUUUUGCAUAA